CGCUUAGGGCCGAAGGUUUAACCAACAAUUGCGGCUCCAACUGGAGAUAGGAAAAACAGCGGAAUAUAUAACAUUACCAUCGAUAGCUUACAAGCGUUCAGAUAAUUCUUUGUAUCCUUUUCGAGUUAACGCAGGAAGCCAACUCGCAAGUUUGCAGAAUGCCAGUGGAGGAAUUUCGAAAUUCUCCGUACCAUCUUAUUCAUGAUCAUUUAUUUAUUUGAAAAUUCUGAUUUCGAAAUUCACGAAACACUAUCUGGAACGGAGCCGUCAACGUUUCCCGUAGACAAUAGGUUAAAUAAUCAGCUUCGUCUAAUUCGUUCGGGAACCAGGGAAGACUGCAGUUUCCGACGGGAAAACUCCAGGGAAAAGACGAGGAACUUCAUAUCGGGAAAAGUGAACAGCUAAAUUUUCCCCGAGCUGCCACUCGCACCAGAGAAAUUCGCCAUCUUUUUAGAUAAAAAUGAUAUGUCGGGAUAAUGAUAGCGAUACGGCGUUGCGACAAACAUGGUGUCAAGUGGCGGAGGGCACUGUAAUCACGGAAUAAGUCGGUGUCAAUAAGUUGAUGUCCGAUUGGUGAGUACCACUGCCAAUCAAAAAGAAACUAGCUCCACAGAUCUCCCAUCUUCUGGAAACAUUUGGAGAAGUCAGUCUAAAAUCAUCCACGCUGAGGAGAACGUUGGAGUAUUGGCAAUGACAGCAAUCUCGUCGUCAGGCGUGAUAACUUUACGAACAUUUUUCUAGCUCCGAAUUUGACAAGUUGAGGUACUCGACAAAUCGAGUAACGUCGAAAGGAAAAAUGUCACUUGUUAACAUAUUAAUGAUUGUUCUCUGCUUGGCAUACUCCGUCGACGGAUGGUGCAUGCACAGAGAGGUGUCGGCGACGAGAAUUUCAGAGUGUUUCUUCUUGGAUUUCUGUUGUAAAUUACAAGUGAUUCAUAAAUGCGCAAUUAUGAACGACGAAUCAUGUUAUGGGGACACUAGGAGGACAACUAAGAAGGCUAGGAGGACAACUACAACGACUACAACUACAACGACUACAACUAGGAGGCCCACAACCACAACUAGGAGGCCCACAACCACAACAGAAGAGGCUCCAGUGAUAGUUUGGCCGGAACGAAUUAGCUGAAUUAGAUCACUGUCGAGGAGUGAUUGACGCACCAAACACUGCGCUCGAUACUAUAAAAAUAUGUAAAAUAUUAAGUCAACGUUAUGCGUUGGGUUAUCUCGAAAUAAAGUACAUACUAUUUGCAUAU